UGGGCUCACGGAUGGUGGGGAUUGGUCAUGGGAGUUGUGUGACAGAGGGCAGAGAGGCGGGUUUAGAGCUAUUCUGGAAGUCAUUUUGCGUAGCGCAUCUGUAUCGGCGAAAACAAAACGCUGUGAUGCUCAGCCUCCUGCGAUGUUUCAGAUUAAUUCAGUGAUUUGUCCCCUCACGGCUUUGUUUAUCUACACGGUGCUGGCCCAGUGUAUUUAAGCUGAAAAUCUUAAUUGAACUCUGAAAACAUAAACACAAUGGAUGGACAUAGUUUGUGCUGCUCUCGACUUCACUAGUCUCCAAAUAUAACCCAUUAAAAAGUAGCUUAAGGGUCCAAGAGUUUACCAGAUCAAGUGAGAGCAUGGCACAGGUAGAGGAGCCACAAACUGAAGGAGAGGGCAGCCCCCAGAUGAUCUCCUUACGAUCAGAUAUAUCAGGGAACCAUGUGGACGAUGGAGAGGUGGGACCCUCUAUCAGGAGGAAGAGGAGGAAGAAGAAAGACCUGCGUCCAGAGUCCAUUAUUGUGUACCGUUCUGAAGUGGAUAGGGUGCCUGGAGAGGACCAAGGCGGUGAGGAGGGGGCAGAGAGGAGCACUGAGGAGGGAGCUAAAUUCCUCUGCACGCCUACAGGCGAAGGUGGAAGCUGGAGCCUUCCUCCAGACAGUCGUUAUGUGACCCUGACAGGCACCAUCACCCGGGGCAAGAAGAAGGGUCAGGUGGUGGACAUACAUGUCACUUUGACAGAGAAGGAACUCAGGGAUUUGGCCAAGUCAAAGGAACGUCUGGAUGCAGAGUGUGAGGCAGGGGAAGGCUCUAAACGCAACUGCAGUUUAGGUGUGUGCCAGGGACCCCAUGUUGUUCUGUGGAGCAUCUCUUGUGCCCCUGUGGUUUUCCUCCUCUCCUUCAUCACCUCGUUCUACUACGGCACUCUCACCUGGUACAAUGUCUUCCUGGUGUACAAUGAGGAGCGGACGUUCUGGCACAAGAUUACAAUAUGCCCCUUCCUCAUUAUCUUCUACCCUAUGCUCAUCAUGCCAAUGGCACUGUCUCUGGCUCUGUACUCUGCUGUGGUGCAGGUGUCCUGGGCCUUUAGCGAGUGGUGGCAGGCAGUGCGAGACCUGGAGAAAGGCUUCUGUGGCUGGGCCUGCGGGAAGCUAGGACUGGAGGACUGUUCCCCUUACAGCAUAGUGGAGCUGCUCGACUCUGACACCGUUUCUGGCACUCUGCAGAGCAAGGCCCCCAGUGAAUUUGCCCAGACAUCAUCAGUGUGAAACAGGGUGAUGCAGAGGUCCAAGGUACAAACUGAAGAUGGAAUCAAAAUUGCAACUGCUUAUCAUGCUUUGAUUAAGCUUAAUUGCAUGAGUUAGGUUCAGGAACAGAGGACAAACAGGUGCCAGAAGGUUCAAGUGUUUGAUUAAAACUCUAUUUCAAGGUCCACUUAUUUCACUAAUAGAGCAAAAUCUGUCUGCUGAUGACAGUCUUGAGAUUUUACUGAAAGCUCCAGAGGAAACAAACUCUUUGAUCUUUCUCGUCAAAAUAACAGGAUUUUUUUGUAAAGCUAGAAAGUUAAUGAUAUCUUUUUAUUAAACACUGCCUGAACUGUCCUAAGGGGCUGAACUGUUAUACAAAAUUGUAAAGCAUUGGACUCUGAUUGUGGGAGUGGUUAUUAUGGGUCAUCUUUUACUUACAGGUUGUUAUGGCCAUCACAGCUCCCCUCAGAUCAGUAAAUGGCCUCCAAUAAUUACUGAACAGCACUCCAACUCAAAGACCUUUUUAUACAUAGACUCUACUUCCUAUAGUUUCCAUAAACUGGCUGUGGACACUGAUAAACACAUUAUUGGAAGCCUGCAAGUCAAAUCAAGUUUCAGUUCAUAUGUAAAUAUCUGUAAUUUAAUGUAUGUGAUCAUUUUGCUGUGCACUAACAUCCAAAACAGCAUGCAUCUCAAAGGCGAUACAAUCUUUUAUGUGAAGUUAUCAUACUCAGUCAAUGAAGUUAACAGUUGAAGCAAGACUUUAAUAUCAACUGGGAAGAUUGGGCAACUGCCCCAGGGUCACAGAUCCAGGUUAACUGUGUCAGUUACUUUGGAAAUUUGAUUAAUUACUGAUUUGACUGGGAGUAUGCACCACUGAGCACAACACGAACUAAACAAAGUCUUGGUAAGGGACUCGGUGUCAGAAUCUAGUUUUUAAAGGACAAGGCUCUAUGUGCUCUAUAUUUUUUUUACUCAAAAUUUUCUUGUUGUCAAUCCAAUCCAUAAUUACUUUCCCCAACAGCCAGGCACUGAAAGUUUUGAAAGUUUGUGACACACUGGGUUGUUUACUAUAAGGAUCAACUCCAUUGUUGAUUUUUGUCUUUUUGUAGGACUUGUUGACAACAAAAAAAUGUGUUUGCUAUAUACUUACAUGGUGCAUAUUCCUUAACAAAUUUGUGUUUAAUCAAAUAAUCUCAAACAAACUGAAAGAAAUAUCCAGGAAUAUAAAUACUUGCUGGUUUCUGGGGCUCUAGGCUAAUUACAAUUACGCUGCCACGUGCUCUGUACUUAAUGGGGACUUGGAGUUGACAGAGUACAUAAACAAUGCACAGAGAGAGUGGGAGAAAGGAAGGUCAGCCCACUGUUCAUGUUUCCCCCUGGGCCCUCUAGAGAGUUAAUUUAGCCAUGAUUUGAAGCCAUAGUCAGGACAAACUGACAAAACAAGCAUUUCUUUGGUGAAUUUAUGUUUUUUUCAGUGUCAUGUUUCCUUUUGUUUAAGAUUUCAUCAAAACACUACUUGUGUUGUCUUCACAGUUUUGGUCCACAUACAAGUAAAAUUAAGUUCUCUGUAAUUUUCUACCCGAGACUUCCUGUUAAAUUUAAAUUUAAUUUAUUUUAAAUUUUAAUUUAAAAUAUUUAAGUCUAGUACACUUAAUGAAAUUCUUGUGGCAAAGUGUUUUAUACUCUGGCACUUUGAAGUGUAUGUAUUGCAAGCAGCUAUCAUUAACUGAUUGAAAUACACAGCAGAUGGGGAUUGUUUGAAUAGAUGCUUUAAAUAUUUGCUGAUUCAAAUGUUUAUGAUUAGACCUAGUUGGGUAAUUUAAUUUUACUUUGUUACUGGUAAAGACAUUAAUUGUGGUUGUGAAUCUGUAUUUCACAGUACUUAUUGUGAAUCCACAGAAUGCAAAGUAAAGAAUCACACACAAUGAAAUAAAAUGUU